UCGUACACUGAUAAGCACGUGUUUUGCUCACAAAAUACGAGGAAAUUUGUUAUUUUUUAAAAUGCAAGUCAAGGUUGUGUCUUAUCUCGUUCAUGUUUAUAAAUAAUGACGUUUUAAUAUUCAGCUUUGGCUGAUGCUAUGAGUGGGUGGAAAAAUCAUCAAAUAAGUUCAGCCUUACUUAAUACGUCUCUGUUUUUUAAUGUUCUUAAUCAAAUGAACAAUGUGAAUUGUGAGGUCCAAAUUCCGAGUAUGACUAACGAACGAGCCGUUAUUUAUCUAAAACAAUAAGAGAUUUAUGUUCAUAUCAAUUUAAGUGUUAGUGAGGUUAAGACCGUGCCCUGUUUGUAAAAAUUUGUAAUUAUGUCCCUCGUUGAGAAAAAUGCCGAUUCCCAAAUAGCAAAGGCAAAUCAGACUUCAAGCUGGUUUAGCCCCGAUUGGUUAACAUGGAAUAAGUAUUCAGAGGGAAUGUUAAGGACUCUGGAGAAAAAGAUUUUGCAAAUCGUAAAAACAGCAUACCGAGGAUGGUACGUAGACAUAGGCCCGGUGGUGGGUCCUGCGGACAAAAUCUGGACGAUUUCAUUGAACACGGAGUCUCCAAACACACCUCUAGUCCUCCUUCAUGGCUUGGGUGCAGGAGUAGCACUGUGGUGUUUAAAUUUAGACGCAUUCGCAGCAAACCGACCUGUAUAUGCCUUUGAUUUAUUAGGUUUCGGUCGGUCAUCGCGGCCCACCUUCAGUACCGACGCAACGGAAGCCGAACAACAAAUGGUAAAAUCGAUCGAAGAAUGGCGGAAGGAAAUGAAAUUGGACAACUUUGUGUUGUUGGGACAUAGUAUGGGUGGAUUUCUUGCAGCUUCUUACGCCCUUAGUUAUCCAGACCAUGUCAAGCAUUUGGUUUUGGCUGAUCCGUGGGGUUUUCCCGAGAGGCCGCAAGAAUUCAAAGAGUUACCUUUAUGGAUAAGGACUUUGUCCUACAUGUUGCAACCUUUUAAUCCAUUGGCUGGGAUUAGGGUCGCGGGACCUUUAGGACCUUGGUUUAUUAAUACUUUGAGACCUGAUAUAACUAAGAAAUACGCUGCUGCUCUUGAACAACAGGAACUUAUUCCGCAAUAUAUUUAUCAGUGUAAUUCUCAGACUCCUAGUGGUGAGAGCGCUUUUCACUCUAUGAUGUCGGGAUUUGGGUGGGCGAAAAAUCCGAUGGUGAACCGCAUCGACAAGAUGCGAAAAGAUAUUCCCAUAACGUUGUUGUACGGAUCCAGGUCAUGGAUCGAUCAUUCAGCUGCCGAAAUAAUAAAAUUCAAACGAAUUGAUUCUUAUUUCAAAUUACAAGUUAUCACAGGAGCAGGUCAUCACGUCUACGCUGAUAAACCCGAAGCCUUCAAUCAGAUAGUGAUGGAUGCGUGUGCACAUGCCGAUAACUUAGGAAAAAGUAAAUACUUAGCUUUAAUGCCGUCCCAGUACAACGAAGAAUCGGAAAAUUCCGAAAGUGAAACAGAAAACCAAAGCAAAGACUAAUAGAUAAAAAAAUUAGGUCAUAUUAUUUAUUAUAGUUUCAGUUUUUAGCGUUUGAUAUACCAAAAGUUUUUAUAUUCAUCAACAAAUUGUAGAUAAAUUUAUUUAUUGUAUCGAACACAAUUUAUAUUUUUUGAUAUUAUUUAUUGAACAAUUUUAGAAAUAAGAUAAUUGUACAAUGUGAACUACUGAUUAAUGGGUGUUGUUAAUCUUCUGAAAUAUUUAUUUUUUGUUUUAUAGUAAUUCAGUUGUUGCAUGACGAGUGUUACAAGAAAAAACUGUAAUGUGACAUAAAUGUCGAUAAAAGAAUUUUGUGAUAAAUGUUGAGUUUAAUAUAUGUUAAAAAUCAUUUUUGUUUUGGCGAAAAUUUCUUGUUUAUGUUUAGAUUUCGGAUAUAAAAUUAUGAAAUUAAAGAUUUAAUUGAAA